CGCGUGCGCCAGCUGCCGCGAGGCGAGCCGCACGCAGAGCGAAGGAGAAGACGAAGCUGGGGAUGGUGAAGCCAGUGAAUUGGGAUCCAUGGCCACGAUGUCGAAGCUGGGUUUGCUUGCUUUCUGGUGUGCUAGCCAGGCAAUGUGGUGGUGGUGGUGAUGCAGAAUCCAUGACGCUACAGCAGCGUCGCACUACUAAACGUAGCAUCCUCGCAUCCCACAGAAUCAGAUAAUUCCCACUUUCUAUUCCUAUCAUGCUGACUCCUGCUUCACGUCACAGUCUUGGAUCUGUUAUCGUCAGUUUCCUGUUCAGUUGUGGGCUCGACUUCGGAGCUGGAACCUCGGAGACAGCACCAUGAAAAACUUGUCAUUACGAAGGUUUUUUUUGUGAUAGUUCGCUUUCUGAGCGGUGCAGAGGGUUGGCAGAGUAGGGCGGGAUUCUGAUUCCCCAUACUGCAGCGUGUUCAUGUGCUGUUGCGGUGCCUGGCGAUAUGGUGUUCACACAAUGGGUUCGUUUUGCGGCCUUGGCAAUUCCGGAGGAUGUGAGAAACGCACUUGGGGUGGUGUUACUUGCUUUUGUUGCUAGUGCGAUCGUGAGAGUUGUGUUUUCGUUGGUGAAAACGUACUUGUAUGAUCCGCUGAGCAUAGGGCGCAUCAUGGCGAAGCAAGGGAUUGAAGGACCCCCUUUCCACCCGAUCUUUGGCACCACGGCUGAAUUGAACGCGUAUGUCAAGUCGGUUCCUGAGUCUUUGCCUCUUGAUGAAGACCACGACUCGAUGCGGACCGUCAGCCCUCAUUUUCACAUGUAUUUUCCCAAAUUCGGAAAACGAUUCCUGUACUGGCGAGGACCGCACGCAAAACUGGUUUCGAAAGAUCCAGGUCUUGCCAAAGAGGUCCUUUUGUCGCAAUAUGAGUUUUUCCAGAGGCACCCUCAAGAUAUCAAAAUGUUAUCGAAUUUUGUUGGCAUGGGCUUGGAUAACUUAACAGGUGAGAAAUGGGCUAUUGAGCGACGCACACUCAAUCCCUUCUUUUACCACGACCCCUUAAAGGGCAUGGUAGAGGGCAUGGUGAAAGGCGCGGAGCCGGUGUUGAAGAGCUGGGAAGAGGAGGUGGCUAGAGCAGGUGGCACAGCUGAGUUCAACUUGGAGGAGGAUUUGCAUACAAUUUCUGGCAACAUCAUCGCCCACACGGCGUUCGGAACUGAUCACGAAAAGGCGAAGGAGAUAUAUCAGACGCAGAGGGAAUACGUCAACCUUCUCUUUCAAAAUUUACACAGCGGGUGGUACUGGAUUCCAGGAUUCACGUAUCUUCCUACACAAACGAACGUCACUAUGGCGCGGUUGAGAUCUACAAUCGAUAGUUCGCUUCACGAGCUCAUCACAGAGCGGCGGAAAGCAGCGGAGCGAGGAGACACGGCGUCUUACGGUAAUGAUCUUCUCGGGAUAAUGCUAGCAGCUGCAUCCAAUUCCACAGAUGAGACAGCUACCGAAUUCAACCUUGCUUCUGUUUUCAAUAACGCGAAGCUCUUCUUCUUUGCGGGGCAAGACACAGUCGCAACUGUGCUUACCUUCACACUCCUGCAGCUUGCGAGGUAUCCUGAAUGGCAGGAUCGGGCUCGACAAGAGGUUCUCGAGGAGGUUGGCGAAACGGAAGCAUAUGACUCCACCACACUCAAUCGACUGAAAAUUGUGGGGAUGAUAGUGAACGAAACCAUGCGGUUGUUCCCGGCCGUCAUCUCCGUCUCCAAGGUAGCCACAAAGGAUAUGCAAAUCAACGAAUUGUUCAUUCCGAAAGGGCUCACAGUGGAAAUCCCCAUAGUAUCAUACAACCAAGACCCUGAGAUUUGGGGAGAUGAUGCCCACAAGUUCAAGCCCGACAGAUUCGAGCACGGUGUCUCGAAAGCUUGCAAACACCCACGUGCGUUUCUGCCGUUCAGCAUGGGGCCCAAGAUGUGCAUAGGCAAAGAAUUCGCUUUAAUGGAGCUCAAACUGGUGGUUGCUAUGGUGCUUCGGCGCUUUCGGCUCUCGGUGUCGCCGCAUUACAAGCACCACCCUUAUUCAAGCUUGUUAACAAGACCCAAGUAUGGCAUGAAGCUUAUCUUCAGUAGCAGACAAGCAUCUAAGCUUGAGCACUGAACUCGCAGUGUCGCUGCCUUCACCACACCCUUUGAAAGCUUCUUCACUCACUUUGAUGAGAGCACCAAGUUUGCAAGCAACUUUGGAUCUGCUGUGCACAAACACACAGACACACUCACAGACACAUACUGACACACUCAUUCACACAAUUGAGCUCAAGAGCGGUGCUUCUGUCAACGCUGUGAAUCUCAUGAUCUAUCGCUGGUUUUGCUUCCAGCGUAUGCUUCUUCAUGAUGCAUUUAGUAGGGUGUGGUCUUCUGAGCAGUCUUCGAAACUGGGUAUAUAUUUGUGUAUAUUUAAGUAUGUUUUUGUAUACACUUGUCUCCUUUUUCUUUGUUUCAUUUGUGAGUUUUGUUUUGCUAGGUAAUGGGAAAAUAUAUCUGUGCUCUGUUGCUUGUU